AUUCAGUUACCAAUUCCUACAUAUAUACCUUGAAGAGUUGAGAGUGACAGAGAGGAGAGAUGAAGGUAGCUGAAGUGCUUCACAUGAAUGGAGGAAAUGGAGACACCAGUUAUGCCACCAACUCCCUUCUUCAGCGAAAGGUGAUACUUAUGACGAAGCCAAUAACAGACAGAGCCAUAACAAGCCUCUAUAGCAACCUCAACAAUCCUAAGACCAUUUCCAUUGCUGACUUGGGCUGUUCCUCCGGCCCCAACACCUUUCUCGCCGUCUCCGGCCUCGUCAAAGCCGUCGAUACUGCGCGGAAGAAGCUCCGGCAAAACUCGCCGGAGUUUCACAUUUAUUUGAAUGAUCUUCCCAGCAAUGACUUCAACACCAUUUUCCAGUCGUUGCAGAAACAUCAAGAGGAGAUCAAGAGGGAGUUGGGAGACGGCUCUGGGCCGUGCUUCUUCAAUGGAGUUCCUGGUUCAUUUUAUGAAAGGCUUUUCCCCACCGAUAGCCUCCAUUUUGUUCAUUCCUCUUAUAGUCUCCAUUGGCUAUCUCAGGUACCUAAAGGAAUAGAAGACAACAAGGGCAACAUUUACAUGUCAGCUUCAAGCCCACCUAGUGUGAUAAAGGCCUACUACAAGCAAUUUGAAAGCGAUUUUUCGACCUUUCUCAAAUGUCGUUCAGAGGAAUUGGUGAAAGGUGGAAUGAUGGUUCUUACUACUUUGGGCAGGAAAAGUGAAGACCCUAGUAGCAAAGAUGGGUGCCAUAUUUGGGAACUCCUAGCCAUGACCCUUAAUGAUCUAGUUGCAAAGGGAUUAGUGGAAGAGGAGAAAUUAAAUUCAUUCAACAUUCCAAAGUACACACCAUCUCCGACAGAAAUAAAGGUCCUGGUUGAGAAGAAUGGUGCAUUCACUAUUAACUCCUUAGAAGUUUCCCAGAUCUAUUGGACUGAAUUCGACAAUGACAAUAUCAGUAAGAAUAAUGAGAAGAAUAAUAAUGGUGGAUACAAUGUUGCUAGGUGCAUGAGAGCAGUGGCUGAGCCGAUGCUUGUUAGCCACUUUGGUGAAGGAAUAAUGGAGGAUGUGUUUCACAGGUACAGAGAAAUCAUUGCUGAUUCCAUGUCUAAAGAGAAGACACAGUUCAUCAACGUUGCUGUCUCCUUGAUUAGAAAGUAGUUGAUGAACUACAACAUAGUAAUAAUAUAAUAAGGGCUGGGUUACUAGUUCAAACCAGCAAAUAAUUUGG